AUGUCAACUAGCUCGAGCCAUGCUAAUGGUUUCAUUGCUCAAGGUAGUUUGCAAUGGGUGUUGCAUAAGGGGGUGGUUCGUGUGGUUGAUAGGGUCAUUGAGAGCGCUGAGUUCGCCAAAGGGGUCCAGGAUGUUCGUGACGCUUGUGAAGCCCUUAGGUUUGAGAAGCAGAGGCUACUGAGUGCUUGCUCCACAUAUUCCAGUAAAUCUGAAGUUCCAGAUUCUGACCAAGUGGCGAGCAGGGCCAAGGAGGUCAACACUGCCCUUACAUCUUUUGUCAAGACAGAUUGUCGUGGCCUCCUCCAUUUAGGGGAGUUAGAUUAUGAUGGCUUCCGUCAAUUUUAUGGUAAUCUGAGCCCGGGAUGUUCUUCCUCGAACUCCAAGGGCUGA